AUGACCACUUACGAUGUGAAAGAGAUCGGAUAUGCGUUCCUAAGGACGUACUAUGAACGUAUGCAUAAUGAUCCAUCGAAAUUGUCGUGUUUAUAUUCUACCACGGCGGAAUUGACCCAUGUGAAUUAUAAUGAACCUAUCAAGCAUGACAAAGAUUAUUUAAACACCGUCAAGUUGAUUGGUAAGGAUAACAUCAACAAUUUCUUUACCAGAAACAGCAAGCGUGUACAGGAUUUGAAGGUCAAGAUUGAUUCGUGUGAUGUGCAAUCUACUGGGUACGAGAGUUCUUCGAUUCUGAUAUUGAUAUUAGGGGAGCUAUGCUGGACGGAUUCACCAUCUUACAGAUUUUGUCAGUGCUUUAUCCUGGAACCAGCAGAGUAUAACAGUAAAGUCUACGAUUUGAAAAACGAUAUCAUUCGUUUCAUUCCUGACCUUGCUCCAUUAGUGAACCCAGACCAGCCAGUAUCACCACCAUCUGCUGUUGUUGUUGAAGCUGAGAAUGAGAAGCCAAAUGUCAACGGGGACGCAGCUCCUGUUUCUGUUCCUGUAUCUGUUUCUCCAGUAGUGGUAAAGGCAGCAGCGAAACCGGUUGAGAUUGUCAAGCCAAUUCCAACUGAGAAGCAACAGCCCUCUACUGCUCCAACGGAAACAAAAGUGGAACAACCCCAAGCCGUUUCAGUAAAUAAAACUAAACCUAAGGAAAAUGAGGCGAUUGCGCCAGCUACUGCUCCUGCUGCUAUUGCAGAAAAAGAAAAAGAAGACAAGGAAGACGAAGCACAAGCACAACCAAAAGAGCAAGCGACUUCAGCAUCAGCCACCCCAACCUCAACGACAACCCGUUCUGAAUCGGUGCCCCCACAAGAGGUUCCUGAAACAGAAGUCACCCCAAAGGCUGAACCAGUGAAAAUGACUUGGGCAGGCAAACUCAACAAGACAUCUAAACUAACUACAAACUACAUCAAGGUAGAUCUUCCACAAAAGAAGUCUAAAAGUCCACCUCCAAACGGAUUCACCAAGUCAAACAAGAAAAGCAAGCAGCAAUCGAAACCAAUAGGCGACGUUAUCAUCCAAAACAGCAGCGGUUUCUACCCAGUAUACGUGGGUAACACAAAUGGGUUGACCGCAUCCGAACUUGAAAGAGCUCUAAUAAAAGAAUACGGUGAUGUCGUAAAAACCUCAUUCCAAGAUUCGUUCGCUGUGGUUGAUUUCAGAGAAAAACCUGCAAGAGACGCUGCCAUCGAUGCUCAACAUUUAAAAGUCGGUGAAAGAGUUAUUAAUUUAAACCCAAAGGGCGAUAAAGCUUCUAAGUACAAAGCCAAGAACAACAGCAACAAUAGUAAUAGUAAUUCUGGUAACACUAAUCACAACACAAACGGCAACAGUUCACAUAAUUCCCCAUCACCAGAACUCUCGUUAAACCAAGGUAAUUCCACGCUUAAAAAGAGCUCAGUGAAAUCCCGUAAUGACAAAUCAAAGAACUAA